AUGGAAGGCUAUUGCUUAGCAACCAUGCGUUACGAACCCAACUUUUUCGCUUAUAAUACACCACCACCUGUGACCCAUGCUUAUACAUAUCAUCCCAUACAAACAUUAAUAAACGAACAUGAACCUAUUGAUACUGAAAGUUUACAUUCGAAAUUCGUUAAUUCGCAUGUUCCGAAAUCAUAUCAAUCAGAAAUAGAAUAUCUAUCGAAUCAUUCAGCUUGCAAUUUGAAUCUUAAAUCAAAGCAAGGAAUAGAUUAUGUGAAUACAACAAAUCAAAGAAUCAAAGAAUUAAAUUGUAUUUCUUCUGAUACAUUAGCUGAUAUAGCGACAAACGAAUUUUGUGUUUCUAUUCGAAAUUUAAUUCGAAAUCUUUUACUCGAUUGGCAUUCUUCGUGUAAAUUAAGUCAAGACGAAACAAACCUUUUAAGUAAUUCAAUUUUUCUUUUGAAUCAUCUUAUCAAUAGCAUUCAAGAUGUAACAAAACUUGCAUCGUGGUUGCCGGGUCGAUCAUUGAUUAAUACUUUAGCUACAUGUAUGAGUGAUGUUGACAGAUUACUUAGUUGUGAUGAAAAUAAACAAAAUUUCAAACAGCUCUCUUGCCUCUUCGAUAUAUUAAAAACAUAUUAUCAACGAUUACCGUCCCAAUUACAAUAUGGAAAUGUAUUUAAUAGACUAUUUGAAGCCACAAUAGAUUGUCUUAUUUCAUUGAAUUUUGAUCGAACAUUUAAAAAAUUAAAACCCUAUGCUCAAUCAAUGACAACUAAACAGAAUUUUUUUCUUAUACAAUGCUCUUCUUUUUUCAUUAAUUAUCAUGGUAUAGAAACCAGUAAAACUAUCGAACAAUUUUUAGAUACGAUGGUACCACGCUAUGCAGCUGUACUUGAUAAACAUAUAGAAUCGAUUAAAGAGUGGAACUCUCCAAUGAUUCACACUGUUCACCAUCUUCUACUAACUGUUGCUCAUGCUAAAAAUUAUUAUACACCAUAUGCUAAUGGCCAACCAUUACACUGGCUCAUUGAUAUUAUUGUUCGUAUCAUCAGUGAACCUGCGCUCCUUAAAAAAGUCGAUCAUAAAGCUAAGAAAUCUGAAACAGUAUUGAUUAAUUCAGCUGUUUAUACAUUGACUGCAUUUGUUCACGAACCGGAUUUACUUGUCUAUAUAAAAGAACAUAAAAUAAUAUCAAUAGUUCGUUCAUUAAUAUUACUAUCCUAUGAACCUAUUGUUAUUCAUGCAUGUGUUAUACUUGCUUAUACGUUAGAUGAAGAAGAUAUAAAAGCAUCGGAAAAAGAAUCGGGUCGUUUAGUAUCAAAUAUAUUGAAUUUAUUAAGAAAAAAUACGAGAGCACUGACAAAAAAAAGUAAAAACGAAGAAGCUACUGAACAUAAUAUUACUUUACUUGCUGAAGCUCUUCAAGGUCUUGUUCAACAUGAUCAAAUAAAAGUUGAAAUAUUAAAACAAAACGCAUUAUAUUUAUUAAUUGAUAAUUAUCAAACUGUUAAUGAUCGAUCAAAACGAUUACUACUUGAGUCUCUUGUUUCAAUGACAUUCAUUGAAGAUGCGGCAAGACUAUUAGGUGAAAAUAAAAAUUUUGUUAAUUCAAUUCAAAAUAUGCAAAAAACAGCGACUGAAGGAAUUCAAAAAGCAGCAGAGAAAAUUCUUUGGAAUCUUCAAAAAGGUAAACCUGAAAACAUUGUUCAACAAACAAAGAAAAUGAAUAAUGUAAAAAUGAGCUCAACGGAUAGGAAUAGAAAGUAUCAAUAUGACAUUAUGAUAUCCUAUUGUCAUGCUGAGAAGGAACUUGUUAACAGAAUUCAUCGAUUCCUUGUUGAUCAAGGUUUUAAAAUUUGGAUCGAUCAAUAUAAUAUAUAUGGACCCGCCAUGCAAGCUAUGGCCGAUGCAGUAGAAAAUUCUGAAUUUAUUAUUAUUUGUAUGUCCGACUCCUAUAAACGUAGUGCUUAUUGUCAAGCUGAAGCUGAAUAUGCAUUUCGUUGCAAACGACGUUUACUACCUGUUAUUUUACGUCAAGGUUACCGACCUGAUGGAUGGUUAGCUUUACUAUUGGGUAGUCGAAUUUAUAUAGAUUUUACCCGAUUAGAAUUUUUUCAAGCGUGCACAUCUCUUUUGAAAGAAAUUCAAUUACAAAGAGGAGAUCACUUUGAAGAUAAUACAAUCAACAGGGACGCUCUCAAUGAAGAUCAAUCAAAUACAAUAAAACGAAUAAAAUCUGAUAGUAAAAAGCCGUUAAAAGCAUACGCAAUUGAAACUCUGGAAAAAUCAAAGCUACCCGAAGAAUAUUUAAAUCGAAAUACAGUUCAAUCAGCCUACCGUUCAAUUUCAGCACACCAAUGGACAACAGACGACAUACUCGAUUUUUUAUAUGAUUCAAAUCUUCAUUAUAUGAUGCCAUUGUGCGAAUUCAUGACAGGUCAUGGAUUAAUGAAACUUUGUGAAAUGUGUCAAACAGCACCUAAUCGUUUUUACAGUCAAUUAAAUAAAGAAUUUAUUUCAAGAUUUAAUGGUAUACAUUUACCUAUAGGAAUCUUCACACAAUUUCUAAGUGAAAUUGAUCAAUUCACUGACUCAUCAUCGAUAUCACCUACACAAAAUACUGAAAAAUAUGUAACUCCGCUAAAGUCUGUGUUAACAUCAGAACUAUCGGCAUCACCGAUUCCAGUCAUUGUUGAAAGCAGUUCAAAUGAAUCGAGUUCUACUGCAGUAUUAGAGCCAUUCGUUAAACCUAUAGUCAAUCAUAGUUAUUUAUUACCUCCGGAACAAACAGGAUCACCUACUUUAACAACAUUUCAUACAUCACGUAAAGUACACAUUAUCGAACAAGCUUCCUUUCAAACGGAAUCCAUUGUUGCACCAACAGACAAUUAUGUUAUUCAAACAUCCAUUUAG